AUGAUAAUAGCUAGCCUUCACCGCCCCGCCGCCGUCGCCCUCUCCCAGGGAGAAGCAAAAGCCACAAUCGUCGAGAGCACCGACACCCCUCAGGGACCGCCCCCUCUAUCACCCCCUGAAUUCCUCUUUUUCAAACCCAAGAUCCCAACCGACGGCCUCCCCACCAAAUUGGAAGUUUGGCCGGCCAUGCUCGACAUCAACCUCUCCGCCCGCCUCUCCGCGCAGGACGAGGACCAGCUCCUCAACAACAUCUGGAUCGGCCUGCUCGGCGUCGAGGCGCUCAUGGUGUUGGGUGUUGCGUUGCGCGCGGUGGUGUCGUCGAGGCUCUUUACCGCCAUUGGCGGGAGGAAGGAUUCAAGAGGUGUUAUUAUGGGUGUGGCGAGCGAAUAUCACGAUGUGGAUGGCUACUGGGCACGGGAAUGAUGGGCUUGCAUUUUCAUUCUUCUGGCGGGUUGGGAUGUUCCUGCGUUGUGUUGUGUUGCUGUUUGUCAGCGGCCUUUUUCUUUCCUCAACCCCCUUUUCUUCUUUUGGCUUUUUCCCGCUGCAUUCUGGGGCGUUCUGGGGCACGGUCAUGAUGAUGAUGGUUAAAAUAUGAGAGAUGGUUUAUGAAAAACAAUGGAAGAGAGCCAAGUAAUGACAUUUGGCUGGCUCGAUAAAAUGCCAGUGUUUCUGGACAACAC